AUUGUCCUAUGAGGUUGCAGGACCCCUGACCCUCUGUGUGGACAGUGCUGAUUGGCCCUGUGCUGAUCGCAUGCAUUCUCCCAAGAAUGAAAAAAAAUAUUUAGCAAUACACACAAAACUGAGCAUGUGCAACUUGCCCCCAAGGCUCUGUUCUAUCAGGAGAGAAGGUAGAAUCAGAGAAGACAGGAUUAAACAUUCUUUUUACACAAUGCAGAAGAUUAAUCCCUUAAGUUCCACAGUGAGUAUAGCAAGCAUGCUUUACUGCAUAUACAGACUGAUUUUACUGUUGUGGGUUUAG